AAUGACCCCCUGAAAAAUUGGUAUAUAAAAUCAAACUGAUCCCUCCAUACCCAAAGAUCAUCCCAUCGCAAAGCCCUCCAAGCUAUGGCAGAAGAAGAGCAAGGCCAUCACCAUCACCACCUUUUCCACCACCACAAGGAAGGAGGAGAGAGCUCUGAGGUCGUCGACUACAAGGAAGAGAAGAAGCACCACAAGCACCUUGAACAUCUCGGUGAGCUCGGUGCCGUUGCAGCCGGUGCCUAUGCUCUGCAUGAGAAGCACGAGGCGAAAAAAGACAGCGAACACAGCCAUGAGCACAAGAUCAAGGAGGAAGUUGGAGCGGCGGUGGUGGCCGGGGCCACGGGAUUUGUGCUCCAUGAGCAUCAUGAAAAGAAGGAAGCAAAGAGAGAGGAGAAAGAGGGUCAUGGAAAGGAACAUCACCACCAUCUUUUUUGAAUAACUUUGCCUUUCAUAUAUAUAUAUAGAUAUAUAAUAUAUAUGAUGGGUUUAGUUGUAUUUGUUUCUUUUGGCUUUGUUUGUGAUGUUUAGUUUCUAAGAGUUUAAUCUAUUAAGUAGCUUGUAAAAUAAAUUUGAAAUGCUCUAGCAAAUAAUAAGAUUCAAAGAUCUUUCAUGUACUUGGAUUGAGAA